GAGAAAGUGAUCGAAUGAUUUCCGCGGUCCUUUUGACUCUAACUGCUGCGGCUGCAGUCCUUGGGACUGAACUGCUUGAUCGUAAUCUCGCAUACAGUUCGCCGUUCAUAGGCAUCUCAGAGUUUUCUCAUAACACUCGAGCUAUUCAUGCUCGCCACGUUGAGUUUGCGAAAAGGCAGACGGUUGGAUCCGAAGGGUUUUCAGACGAACAUUACCCUACCUUCUACGGUGGCGACUUCAGCAAUGCUCCAUUCCUUUGGAGUGGCGGUAUCAAUUUUACUCACUCGGGGUGAUCCUUUUGAUACGUCUGUCCUCUUAUGGACUCGCGCGGUGCCAAUCUCCAACACAACCAACGUUCCCGACCAAAGCGUCCCAGUUUGCGUUUCUUUCAAGAUCUUUGACAACCAGAACCUUGCUGGAAGACCUAUCGACUCCGGAGAGGCAUUUACGACUUAUGAUGUAGACUUCACUCUAAAGGUCGAGGCCACUGGACUGAAGGCAGACACCAAAUACUGGUUCCAAUUUGCUGAUUGUACGAACCCGAGUUCUGUCAGUCCGGUUGGAGCGACCAGGACGAUCUCGAAUCCUAAUACUCCUGCUAAUCGGGUCAACGGAGGGAAGCCGCUGACCAUCGCCGUGUUCAGUUGUUCACAAUUCCAGUCCGGUUAUUUCAAUGCAUACGGUGUCGCUGCACGCAAUGCCACACCUGACCUGUUCGUUCACUUGGGCGACUAUAUUUACGAAUCCCUCGGAAAUGGUGCUCGCAUUGGUCGCCAGGUCUUGGGCAGGGAGCUUGCCACCAUCUUUGAUUACCGUCAACGCCUGAAUCAGUAUCGUACGGAUGCCAGUUUACGGCUUGCUCACGAGAGUGGCCCAUGGAUCGCAGACGAUCAUGAAAUUGCCGAUCAAUCUUGGAAGGCAGGUACUGCGGACAGCAAUGAUACAACUUCAGGUUGCAAGUUCUCGCCCUCUGGUGCUUGCUUCACCGACCGCAAGUUAGCUGGUGUCCGAGCCUACCAUGAAUGGAUGCCGAUCCGACAAGUUGCUGUUGACGAUAAGCUUCGUAUUUGGAGGAACUUCCAGAUCGGCAAACUUCUCGACCUAACUAUGCUUGAUACUCGUCAAUAUGAUCGCGACAUCACUGAUCUCUACUACAAUACCCUUAUCAACUCGAUCGCCGACGUUCAGAACCGGUCCCUUAUGGGUGCAGCCCAAGAGAAAUGGUUCCGCGAUACGCUUACAAAGUCUAAAGCUCGCGGCGCCGUCUGGCGUGUUGUCGGCCAACAAAUCGUCUUCACUCAAUUGGAGAGAAAUGGCAAAUUCGACGUGGAUGCAUGGGACGGAUACCGAGCGAAUCGCAAUCGCAUUCUCGAUCAUUUGUACAACAACAGAAUCGACAACACGCUCAUCCUCUCAGGCGAUAGUCACGCUAACUGGGUGUCCGACCUUGCUCACCCCAACGAUACCACAACCUACGACCCCAUCUCUGGCAAAGGUGCCAUCGGCGUCGAGUUCGCAGGAACGGCCGUCACAUCCACAUCUGCCUUCGGAUCUGGGAUCAGCCCAGAAGCCGCAGACGCGAUUUCGCAGACUCUAGUUGGGAUCAAUACGGACCUUCAAUGGAGCGAAGGCUCGUACCGCGGGUUCUUCACGUUAACGAUCGACCCUCACCAAAUUAAUGCUACAUACUUUGCCAUGAGAAACGUCAGUAAUCCGAACCUGGAUAGUUUCGCCAGUGCCCAGUUCAAUGUCAAGACUGGUGCAAACAAGUUGACUCGUCCUGUGGCAGGUGGAAGCGUCCUUGCUGGUGUCCUCAAGGCGAACGCGACCACGCCGGCUUGAGUUGGUAUGGGACUGUAGGAAUAUACAUGUUUGUGAGAU